AUGAGAGCCAGAAAGGGGCUCCGAGGCUACAAUCCGAUAAUAUUGCGUGCUUCGUCUCUCUUUCUCUGCGGUCUUCCGCCGCUCCUUCUUCCCAAACAGUCAGCUUUUAACGACUUUGUCUUUAAUUUACGGCUGCUCUUUGGUUCAUCAACUUUUUGCACAUUCCGAGUUCUUUCACAACGUGCAUACUUCGAAAAAAAAAGACGUUCGCUUCAUUUAUUUUUCAAAAAUUACUUCUGCUAAAAACGUAUACAUAUACAACCGUGAUGAUAGGUAGCAAAAACAGUUAUUGGAAAAAAUUAUACUUCAGCACAUUUCAUAUAUUAUCUAGCUUCUUUAGUUCGAAAGAGUUCAGCUAAUUUGUAACCACAGAAAAAAUGCGAAAAAAAAAAAUUCUAAAACGAAAUUUUAAAAGACCUCGGUUCAUUCACCACCUUUUUGGCCAUCGUUUGCGCUGAGGUCUACAUUAAUUUCAACGGCAGACGAAAAAAACCUCCAAAGAUCAAUCUCGGGAGAAUCCAAAAAAGAGGCCUCAAUGAUCUAUACGGUAUGCGGAAAAACAAGGUUUCAUAUCAACCUUCGACGGAACAAGAAACGUUCAGUUGAGAAGAAAUCGAAGAAAAUGAGGAAGAAUUGUUUGGCGCAAAGCCAAAAACGUAGCCCAUAGGGAGUUUCCGACUUUUAAGCUCUACGAUCCUGAGUCUCACUUUUUUGUUUCUGAAUCCUUACUUCAAGUCUGACUGCAAUCAGGAUUUCAGAAACAAAAUUAAAAGCCUAAACUCGAAUUCUGGAGAAUAAACUUGCAUCUGGGAAAGUGUGCAUCUAAACAGAAACCGAUUUCUUGAGGGCAGACAAAAAGUGGCAGAAAAGCGAAAUGAAGAGAAAAAAAGUUGAACUGAAAAAGGACCGUGCUGAGCCUGCAGAUGGAACACACGUGUGCGGUUUCCAAGUAAAAGUUUUCCGAUAUAGUACGACGCGAGCAAAGAACGAGUGGGGCUGAGAAAAAAGAACAAACAGGAUGCAAAAGUGACUGGCGCUGUCGAACGCUUUUGUGCCCUCAUUCCCUCCCAAGGAAUUCCAAUAGAUCUUUCAGACCAUUUUCAGAGCUCAAACACAUAACGACACAAUAGAGAGGCAAGCGGCGAAAAUAAAAGUUCUUAUCGCCGAUAGUCCAAAAUAGUGUGUUUAUCACGCUUAUUUCUUUCUCUGAAAGUUUCGCACAGUAAUCUUCAUAUCACAACGACCUUUAAAAAAUCGAUCAAAUUCUUAACUGCAGACGUCGGGCAAAUCUUCGAAAAGUUAUCGGAAAUUGAAUAAAGGUGUGAAUUUGUAAAAUUCCCGUUGGGGCGGCUGGACGGUCAUUUGAAAUCCUGCAGCUAAUUAAACACGCAAACAGUAGUUGUAUCACCCAGUCAUCUCCGGGAUCGUAUCUAUUUCUCCCCUACUGAAAAUUCACAUGUGUAGCACUGCGACUGUUGCCGCCAAAAACUACGGCCGAAAACUCUUGGUCUACUUCAAACUUCAUUUUGUGCACCUUCUCAGUGGGUCUUCUUUUUCUCAGCUUCGUUUCGUCCGUCUUGCGUUAAUUCACGAAGAUAAAAAACUAUAAAAUGAGAUAGAGAGGUUUUUGUUCAUCCACAGAUUGACGAAGCGGUGAAAAAGUCCUUAUUUCGUUAUUCAGCAGACCCCAAUCUUUGAAAAAUGAGGAUAAUUUUUCGAUUUUUUCUUCACAAUUUUCAUAUAACCCCUUCUCCUAGACUUAAAACAGUCUACCUUGUCAACGUCCUCGAUUCCGUCACCGACGAGGUCACGGAACAUUGAAAACCACUCGAAACAGACAAAAAUCCGAUUCAGUCUUUUCAGUUGCCCUUUUCGCUGUAUAUCUACUUCAUUCUAUUCAAACUCAAGUUUCUCACAUUCGACGAAUUGAAGACGUAAACUUCGACCUUUUUCAAAAGUGUCGAUCCGAAAAGAUACCAGUUUUCAAAGGCAUUCUUCAGGCUUGCUUCUUUUAUUCCAACAGACCCUCUGGAUGGCACCAUUGAAAAAGUUUCUUUGAAGCCCCAAACGCCAUGCAAAGUGAGUCUGGUCCCUUUACCCUCACGAUGAUAUUUGGCCUUGCAGCCGUUCGUUCCCUUGUUUGCGCCAUUCAUCCGACCUCUAGAUCAGCCUCCAGAAGUGAAGAUGCCGCCGGUAGCCACUCUCACUACCAAAAUGUACGGAAUAAUAGCCGGCGGCGGUCUAGGCAAGUCUGCUCUAUCCGGAUUGUUGGCUUAAUUGGAAUUUCAAGGCAAUCAACUGUUCGAACUGUGUGCUCUACGAGGCAUCUCUGACUUCCUCCUACGAGAGCCGGUGCUGAAUGCCGUUGAGCCAGCUCUUAUGCAGAGUGUUUACCAGAACGUUAUGCCUCUCUUUCCGGAAUUGCUCAAGCAGUUUUCCAUCAAACUUGUUCGGGUAACUUGCUCUUCCCAGCCCCAGAAUCAAAGGUAUCCACUUUUUCAGAAAGAGUCCAUGGCGGUGAUACCUUUCAAUUCUCGCGGCUGCUGCAUUCACGACGACCCGAUGCGACUCACCAACUUGACGUCUCCUAACCUUUUCCUCGACGGCGCCUACUUUCAAGUAGCCAGUUUCCAGUCAAGAUAACCCAAAAUGGUUCCAGAGCUAUAAAUACUUCAUGCACAUACGGAACGAGGUCCGGCAAUGGCUCAUGCCGCCUCAAUUGUCGUUUCUGAGAGCCGAGCUCAUGAUGCCUCCAGAAAAUCGGGAUCAUUUCAUGUUUGCUGUGAUUUAUAACUAACUCAUUGCCGACUUGAGACAAAAACGGAGCAUUUACUUACUUACUUAGAUACUUAGAUGGUCCAUCUUCGCUUUCGACCUUUUAUUGCCUUUUAGUGCCUUUUAUUGAUCGAAGCGUGGACCACACGUUUUCCAGGAGGUCUUAUGCAAUCGGUCAUCCAGUGUUAUCGUCCUGGUUGACUGGUAUUCUUGCGAAAAAGUUCCAUCCGUGGUGUUGAACGUGUUAUAGCAUAAUUUUGGUCUGAUUAUCCUUUUUGCCUUGCCAGGGCUAAAAAAGACCGCCCAUUCUGUUAGCAGAAGCAAGCCGAACUGCGUGACCGGUGUACCGUUAGCCGCCAUAAAUGGCGUUGCCUCCCCAUCACCGCGUAGAGGUGGUACUUGAAGGGGUGCAUUUACUCUUUUUAAAGGCUUUAUGAUUGGCUGAAUAUGCUCUCUAAGGCAGGAAGAUAUAAUUCAAUUCGCUAGAGUAUACUUUCAAAAAUAAUACUAAAGUUUCUGCGACUCUAAAGUACUCUUUACUGGAAAAAAAAAACUAGGGAAUCGCAUAUUUUUAGCUCGAGCCCAUAAAUAUUAGCGACGAGAAAACGUUCAUUUUCUUUUUCAGAAUUUGUACCCACAUCCGCAGAGGAGAUUUUGUAACAGACAACAUGCAUCUGCCUUCACAGGCCGACUUUACAAGGGCUGCAACGGAUUUCCUAGUCCGAAGAUGUACGGUUCAGUUCAAACCGGAUGCUUUUUUCAUGGAUUCUUCCAGACCAACGGGUGCACGCAAACGUUUCGGUGGUUCUGCUGGGUAACGAUCCACUCUGGUCGCACUCCCUUUUCCACGGCAAGAUCUCCGAUGGUUCUUUAUUCAUCGCUUUUCAGAUAAAAUAAAGACACGAGCGAAAUACUCGGAAAGAAGUGCAGAAGUCGGUCCUCUGCCCGAUUUAUCGCCCAACUACACGGCCGUUCUGACUCCAACACUCGCCCCCGAAGUCGAUUUCGCUUUUUCUCGCACUUUCUGCGACGUCGUCCUUAUUACAGGUUCUGAAUUGACAAUAUUUUUUACCCAUUGAUCAUGGUUUUGCAGCUCCUUCUUCGACUUUUGGCUGGUGGCUGGCUUAUCUUGCCAAGGAGGACGCUAUGGUAUACUACCGCGACAUCAUGCAGACAAAUGACGAAGUGAUUUUUCCGCAGUUCAAUUUUUUGCGUGCUAGUAAGAAAAAAUUGAGACUUCAAAAAACUUUUUUUUAACAUUUUGACGCGAAUCCUUUUUCCGCUACGUAUCAUCUAUUAUAUUGUUAAGGUUAUUUUCGAGCUUGACCCUCGCGAUUUUUACCCCAUGGACUGGACCAAGCUGCAAAUGAGCCAACAAGGAAAAAUCAUGGAAGCCCUUCAUACGAACGUGGAUCACAGACGUGCUUAUCUUCAACGAAGAUUUCCAAAAAUGGAUCCAGAAAAUUUCGGAUAAAGUUUUAUACCCGCUCGUGUUCAUCAAACAUUUAAAAAAACUAUGUUAAAUAAUUCAAUUUCACCAUGAUUAAAAAAACUGAAAGACUUAGCGAAAAAUUCUACUAUUUCUUUGAUGCAGUACUUUUUCGUAUUUUAUCCCUACAAAAAAAUCUUUAAAACUUUGGAUAUUUUCUAUCAGAAUAAUACGUUUUUCGAAAUGUUUGUUUGUAGCCAACAAGGAUGUGAGAGUUCUGCGAAAAGUCGCGAAAUGAGGCACACUUCAGCCAAAUUUCAUAAAAAGCUUUUUUUUUAAGUUCAAAUGGCCAAGUUGAACUGGGCACGCAUGUUUGACGUAGUGCUAAUUCGUUCGGAGGCCGGUCAAUAUUUCUUCGAAGCUACGACUGUUCCGGAACUAGGAAAUUUUUCUCAAUUUUUUCCUUUUUUUUGAAAUUAUUUUCAGAAUCUCCCUCUUUCAGGGUAACAAAAAGUAUUCACGUCUUGAUGGGCCUAAUAAUAUUACCGAAAAAAACGUUUCUAAACUACACUAAGAAUAACUGCCGAGAUAAACGCGAGACACUGUCGGUACAUUGACGAGCUCGCAAACAUCUCGCAUUUUUUCUCGCGCCGGUUUCGCAUUUGUUUGGGCGCGAGCUCGCAUUUUUCUAGGCGCGAGCUCGCAUUUCUCUCGCAAUUUGAAAAUUUCCGAAAUGCAAGAUAAAUGCGAGAUGGCGCCGAGAAAAAUGCGAGGUCGCGUCGAGAUAAAUGCGGGAUCGCGCCUAGAAAAAAGCGACAUUUUUGCGAGUUAGUCAAUGUACCGCCACCGAGCUCGCAUUUAUCUCGUCAGUUAUUCUUAGUGUACCGGUGCCGUAUGGCCGCGAUGUUGCAGUGUGUAAAUUUGCGUCUCGGGAGCGCGCACCGCGAGCGCCUUGUCUGACGACGUUAUAUUUUAUAAUUUGCAAAUAUAAUUUUUUUAAAGUUUGAAAAAGAAUUUCGAAACGCGAUAAACAAAUUAUUUAGGAAUCCUUGGGUUAUAAAAAAAUUAUUUGAGACGCGUGUACAUUUUUUUCAUUCUCUCCAAAAACUAUCAAUUUGUAUUUAAUGUAUUUCUCAUCAGUUUUGGUUUUUGUGUUUCAUUUUUUUCGAUUUGUGUGAUGAAGUUCGAGCAAAAAAACCUAGUAGUCGCUAAUUUGAGUCCUAGGAGCUUGAAAAAAAUUUCCUGUAAAUGGUUGAAAUUUUCAUAAAGUGUCAUUUGUUCCUUUUUAUUUUCGUAUUCAAAAACAUCAUUAAAAUUUUUUCGAAAAAAAAAUGAGAAAUAUUUUAUCAUUGCACGUAUUACUUGUACUUUUCACUUUUGCUCUGCAUAUUUCCCUAAUAUUAUAAAAUUAAUGACGCGCCGACCAUAGUUUCGACGUUCAAUGGCGAAAAUCGAUCCCCACCAAGGAUACGCCAUUGAGUUGUUUCUGCCGCUUUUUUUUCAGUUCUUUUGCUUUAUAAGUUAUUUUUCGUUUUCCAUCGGAGUAAAGUCUCAUCGUGUUAUUUUGUUUUAAAAAUAUAUUAUUUUGUAUCCGUUUUGAUGACAAGAUUUCCUACCACUCGAUCACACAUUACGCACCAAUGACGCGAAAUGUAAACCAAAAAUUAACAUUCAGGCGUUAAACGGCUGCUGAAUACUUUUUCGAUUUCGAAAGAGUAAGUGGCGUGAAAAAAUACUUGGAAAAUGUCAGCUUCCGCCGUUUUUAUUUUAGACCUCAAAGGAAAGGUUAGUGUCUGAAAGUUUCCAUUGAUGUACAUCUUUCAGACGAUAAUCGCCCGUAACUACCGAGGCGAUGUAGAUAUGGGUGUGAUUGACAAAUUUAUGCCGUUGCUGAUGGAGCGGGAAGAAGACGGCGUCACAUCUCCCGUUUUGAUCCAACAGGACGUUCACUUUGUGUACAUCAAGCACAGCAACAUAUAUCGUUUGUUUCAAAUAGUUUUCUUCUUUGAAAGUAUCGUUCAAGUUGUUUCUACAUGCCGGAGCAACGUCAACGUGGCGCUGGUUUUGUCGUUCCUCUAUAAGUGCAUCGAGGUGAGUAACACUGCUCUAUUUUCGCGCUAUCAUCAAGAAAUUUCGAAUUUUAGGUUUUCGCAGAAUAUUUCAAAGACGUGGAAGAAGAGUCGGUUCGCGACAAUUUUGUCGUUAUCUACGAGUUACUCGACGAAAUGAUGGAUUUUGGAUUUCCACAAACCACGGAGAGUCGUAUCCUGCAAGAGUUAGUUUCUUCUUCUUUUUGAGUUUGCGUUCUUUAUAACUUUCCGAGAAAUUGUUCGACUUUAGAUACAUAACCCAAGAAGGCCAGAAAUUGGAAGCGGCUCCUCGGCCACCGAUGGCCGUUACAAACGCCGUUUCCUGGCGUAGUGAGGGAAUCAAAUAUCGGAAAAAUGAAGUUUUUCUGGACGUUGUGGAAAGCGUCAACAUGCUGGUCAUUUAUUUCUUCCAAUUGAAAAGCUGAAGAAGACAGUUUAGGCUAACGCAAAUGGAACCGUAUUGCAAAGUGAAAUUGUGGGCAGUGUGAAGAUGCGCGUUUAUCUCACAGGAAUGCCUGAACUGCGACUCGGUCUCAACGACAAAGUACUGUUCGAAGGAAGUGGCAGUAAGUUGUUUGGAAUAAUUUCGUGUAACGUUUACAAGCGAAAAAAACAAAAUGCGUUGAAUUCAAAUUCUGGGCUCUUGAGGCCGUAAACUUUUACUUAGCUGACACGGGCAAAGUCCACGAGGUCUCAAAAAUAAUUUUUGGAAAAAAAGCGUCUUUUUUCUUGAAUUUUUAUUAAUACGGACCUUCUAAGAAAAUUUUAGGGGUCCCGAUAGGGGCCUCGGAGCUUCCCUUGAGCCCCCUAAACGAUUCGGGGCCCCUAUAGGCGUAAAUUUUUUUUAAAAUUUUUCUAAGAAGCGUUGUUUGAAAGAGUUCGGGACGAAUAUGAAGAAGUAAAGUCCAGUGAAAAUUUGAUCGUACCCCUAUAGAGGCGCCUUUUACUUAACUCCUAUAGGGGGCCUGAACCAGAUUUUCACGGCCUCAAUAGGGGUUGAGUUAGGGCCUACAUUUGUCCUUCUAUAGGGCCCCUGGACUUUUCUCAGUUUUGAGGAGAAAAAGAGGAAAUUCCGAGAAACUUUUGACACCUUUUUAGGAACUCAAGAAGGAGCUUUUUUUUGAAGCCUUUUUAAAGCCGUUCGGACAUUGCCUGUGUGAAAAGCUCAUAUUUGUGUCAUUAUUUUUUAAUUCCAAUAAGUUUCGAAUUCCAUCAAACCAGCAUCAGAAGUGCUCUAUUUAUGUUGUACAUAUCAAAAAUAUGUUGCCUGCGCUCUUUUUUAUUCAUUUUUCGGCUAUUAGGAUAUAUCUGUAGAGAAGUCGAAUAACUUCAUUAUAAACAAAAGUAGAAUUUUAAAUAUUUGAACAACUCGUAGGAGGGAAGAGCAAGUCGGUGGAGCUGGAAGACGUCAAGUUCCACCAAUGCGUCCGUCUGUCCCGUUUUGACACCGACCGGACCAUUUCGUUCAUUCCUCCAGACGGCGCUUUCGAACUAAUGAGCUAUCGGUUUUUUUUUUCGCUUUCUCUUUUUUUUUCAUCGAGGAUCUGGGUUCAGGUUGACGACUGUUGUGAAGCCGUUGAUUUGGAUAGAGACAAAUAUUGAGCGCCACAGUCACUCGAGAGUCUCUUUCAUGAUUAAGGUAGCCGAAAGUUUCAUUUUUUCCUGCGUAGCAUUGUCAAUCAAACUUUUUUUAAUUUCUGAUUAUCUUCUCGUUAAACCUGUUGACCUUCACCACAAAGUUUGCUGGGUUUCAACAAUUUUGUGUAUUUUAGGCAAAAUCGCAAUUCAAGCGACGUUCUACUGCCAACAACGUGGAAAUCAUCAUCCCGGUUCCGUCGGACGCCGACUCUCCCAAAUUCAAAACGAGCAUCGGCUCGGUCAAGUACACGCCGGAGCAGAGCGCUUUCGUCUGGUCUAUCAAAAGCUUCCCAGGUUUUUUUCCCUGUUUGGAACUUGUUUUUAAAAAUUAUGGUCACUUUUCUAGUCGAUUUUUCCCGAUGGGAAAGUGAUGCGGGCAAGAAAUGGCAAGAAUGACGCGUUCCGUAUGCGGCGCGGCCUUUGACAAGAAUUUCGAGGUUCCCGGAAAAAGAGUACAAAACAAAAAAAUUUUUUUUGCGGCCAACUAAAAUUCCAAAACCAUGAAAAUGAAAGAAGGAUCAAAAAUGUAGCCAAUAACGGCUAACUUGGGACGCUGAGAGGUGCGGCCUGUCUGCGCUCUCCACCCUACAGGCACUGUAUUCUUUUUCAUCGUGUUAGGACCCAUUUUUUGGUGGCUCAAGGCAGUCAUAUACAACAAUGUGAAAAAAAAACAGAUGCAUCGCGAUUGACGUCGAGUUUCACGCCAAAAACCGCGUCGCGCACGCAACGCUUCAUAUUUGCCAGUCUAAUAAUUUCAUCUUUCAAGUCGGCAGAAGUCGACCAUAGUAUGAAUUAAUGUUGAGAUGUUUUGAAAUCGUUGAAAAAGUAUGUUUGAGGAGGGAAAGAGUACUUGCUGAACGCGAGUUUCUCGUUGCCGUCCGUGAUGAGCGAAGAAUCAGAAGGACGGCCGCCCAUCAAAGUUAAAUUCGAGAUCCCAUAUUUCACAACUUCAGGCAUUCAAGUGAGCUAUACCCAAUUCAAAGAGAUAGAAAAUACUAUCAAACGCGGUUCCGUUGUGAAAAAAACAUUUUUAGGUGCGAUAUUUGAAAAUAAUUGAGAAGAGCGGCUAUCAAGCUCUUCCUUGGGUCAGGUACAUCACGCAGAACGGCGAGUAUCAAAUGCGAAUGAACUGA